GUUCUCAAAACAGACAGCAGAUGGCAGCAGUGCACUUAAGUGCGUCACAUGGCAUCCAGACCAGUAGGGGCGGUACGUUUGUUGUCGUUCCACCUGCGCCACCACCACAGCGCAGGCAGCAGAAGAGUUGCAGCUGCGUGGGUCGGUGUCAGAUUCAGAAAAGUUGCGUCCAGAAAUCCAAACACUGUUCUGAGCCUGACCAUGAAGCCUCCGCCCCGUAAGCGCACCAGGACGAGGCGGGAGCUGCCCGCGGUGCCGGAAAACCUGGGGAAGAGCGUGUGUAAGUGGCCGGUAUCGGAGCAGAGGAAGCUGCUAACCGCCCUCACCAAACUGCGCCCCAAAGACCUGUCCGGAGAGCCGCUGGAUCUGGAGCAAAUCGAGGAGCGUCUGCCCUCACGCACGGUGGAAGAGAUAAACUCCGUUCUGGACACUCUGAAGGAGAAGGUCGUCUCAUUUGCCAAGACCAAGCAUCGGGCAGAGAGGAGGGAGCAGAGGAGAAGCAGGAGGCCCCUGGACUUCUGGAUCCAGGAGGCGUCUGCUCUGAGCCGAGGGGGGGCGGAAGAGGCUCUGUCCCAGGCCUUCGCCCAGGUGCUCACUGUGAUGUCCACUGAGCCGAGCUCGCUGAAGGGAAACACGUCUCAUCUCCACCAUGGCCCGGCCACUCCACUGUCCAAAGAUAAGCCCCCGGCCUCAAAUGCAUCUCCACCGCCCAGCCAACCAUCAGUGUCCAAGAGUCCAUGUGUCCAGUCUCCUGCUGUUACAGAGGACGUGAAGAAGCAGCAGACUGCUCCAGCCCAAAGCUCCACAGUCCCCGGCGCCCCUCUGAAGCAGACAGUGAAAAGCACUCCUCUCCCCAGCUCCACGGAAGAAGUGAGCUUUGAGAAGAUCUACCAAUACCUCAGUGCCCUCCACCAGCCCGACCUGCUGCGCAAGCUCAGCCCUAUGGAGAGUGCAGUAGUGCUGGACCUCCUCAUGUCUCUCCCAGAGGAGCUCCUGGUUCUGGACUGUGACCCACUCAUCCAGCACAUUACCCAGACAUACCACAAUCUUUCAUUGGACGCUGACAAAAAGGUGAAACAACAAAAAUCCUCAGGAGUACCACAACCAACCGGACCCCCAGAGCACCAACCACCACCAACCGGACCCCCAAACCACCAACCACAACCAACUGGACCCCCAAACCACCAACCACCACCAACCGGACCCCAGAGCACCAACUACCACCAACCGGACCCCCAAACCACCAACCACAACCAACUGGACCCCCAAACCACCAACCACAACCAACCGGACCCCCAGAGCGCCAACCACCACCAACCGGACCCCAAACCAACCAACCACCACCGACCGGACCCCCAGAGCGCCAUCCACCACCAACCGGACCCGCAGAGCUCCAACCACCAUCAACCGGACCCACAGAGCCAUCCACCACCAACCGGACCGCCAGAGCGCCAACCAACACCAGCCGGACCCCCAAACCACCAAACACAACCAACCGGACCCCCAAACCACCAGCCACAACAAACUGGACCCCCAGAGCACCAACCACCACCACCCGGACCCCCACAGUGCCAACCACAACCAACUGAACCCCCAGAGCGCCAACCACAAACAAUCGAACCCCCAGAGCGUCAACCACAACCACCCGGACCCCCAAACCAGCAACCACCACCAACCGGAACCCCAGACCACCAACCACAACCAACAGGACCCCCAGAGCGUCAACCACAACCACCCGGACCCCCAAACCAGCAACCACCACCAACCGGAACCCCAGACCACCAACCACAACCAACAGGACCCCCAGAGCACCAACCACAACCAACUGAACCCACAAACCAUCUGCCCCAUACAGCUGGAACCACAAUCCACCACCAAGCCCCAACCAGACCCACAGAGACUGAAGGGGACCGAAGCCGCCAGAGUACCACCAGACUGAGACAAAACGCUCCACUCAACCCUUUCCUCAUUCCGGUCAGCCUGAUGUCCCGUAAGGCGCAGACAGGCCACACGUGA